AUGAUCCAGAACAUGCCGUCGGAGGAAGCCUUGCAUCAGAUUCGUCUGUUCCGCAGGCAGUAUCUGCAGCUGCUCGACGCCCAUAAUCUGACCUGGCCGUCUUCAGAGACUCUCCGCUCGUCUCAAGCCCAAGAAUGGAUAUAUGAGAAUCUCUUCCAAACAGACAAUAUUGCACACUUUUUGCCUCCAGAAAGAUAUCGUCUCCGUAUCUUGAAGCUACUCAUGUCCAAGAUUGAGAACUCCACUGUAGAUCCAGAAGAAGAUGAAAUAUCGGAUAACCUCAUGUCUACACUAGCUGAGCUCAUGUUCUCUCCUAUGCCGGAUGAUGCGACUGCUGCCCAACAACGGAACUGGGUGACAUAUACACCACUCGCUCCGGGUGCGCCUAUAGCGGGCGAUGAGCCUGAGUUGAAGUUGCUCGAGAACCGUGCAGUUAUCUCAGGUGCAGGUACCACUGGUCUGCGUACAUGGGAAGCUGCCCUCCACCUCUCUGCAUAUCUUCUUUCCUCGCCUGCUCUUAUGGCAAGUGUCAAAGGCAAGAAGGUGAUCGAGCUUGGUGCUGGCACAGGACUGUUGUCCAUCCUAUGCGCCAGCCAUCUAGGUGCUUCCCAUGUUACAGCUACCGAUGGCGACGAAGGAGUUGUUCAGGCUUUACAAGAGAACGCAGCCUUCAACGACGUCAAGGAUACUAUGGAUAUUGGUGUAUUGUGGUGGGGUCGAGCACUGAAGGGGUCUUGGAUGUUUGAGAAAGACCCUUCGUUCUCUUGCGAUCUGGUCCUCGGUGCCGAUGUCACAUAUGACAAAGCUGUCAUCCCAGCACUAGUCUCUACCAUGAGAGACAUGUUUGAAGCCUGGCCUCAUGUCCAAAUUAUCAUCUCAGCAACCAUUCGAAAUGCUGACACGUUUGCUGCUUUCGAAUAUGCUUGCGCACACAACGAGUUCAAAGUCCAUGAAGUGGAUUAUCCNUCGAUUCCCAUGGAACAGCAGGCUUCUCUGUUCCAUUCGACUAUGGUUCCCAUCAGAAUCUUCUCGAUCACUGCACCCGAGAUGCAGAGAGACCCUUAUGCAGUAUAG